CUAAUGUCAAAAUAAUAGCAAUAGUAACUCUCGUAUAUAUGCAAAGAUUCAUAAAAUCAAAAAAGUCAAGGUUAAACAUAUCGACGAGUAAUUAAAAUUGAUCUUAUAAUUAGACCAAUAAUAAUCAAAACUUUGAUGAUAAAAAUGGUUAAUAUUAAAAAAAAUAAAAUAAAUACAAUAGAAGAAACAAUUCAUAAGAAAAAUAAUAAAACACAACAUCUUAACCUGUUAUAAGUAAUUAUAAAAAUAAUUUUAUUCAGCAAGAGCUCAAAUUAAUCAACCAUUAAAUAAAAUUUAUGAUUCUUAGACAUUAAUAUCUGCAUAUUAAGAAUUACUUGAACCUCCAAAAGAAAUAGAAGAAUUUAUAGAAAAACAUUCUCAUCUUUUUACAAAAGUUUCUUAAAAACCUUUAAUUUCAACUUAAACAUUAUUUAACAUUAGUGAUGAAGAUGAGCCUUAAUGGAUGCAAUCAAAUGAUAAUUUUUAGAUUAUAGAUAUUGAAAAUGAAAUUGAAAAAAAGAGAAUAGAAUAUUAAAAAUAACAUGGUACAUUUGAGAAAAAAUAAGAGGAAAAAUCAAAAAAACAAAAUGAAAUAAAUUAGGAAGAAAUAUCAGAACUUUAAUAAGCAAAAGAGAAAUAUAGAUAAUUAAGAGAGAAAGAGGAAGAAUAAUUAUAAGUUGCUAAUGAAACAAAAGCAAAAUUAUAAUAAUUAUUUAAUUUUUCCGAACAAGAACAACCAAAGCUCGAGGAUGUUUCAAUCAAUACAAAAGUAUUAUCAGUAGAAGAGGUUGAAAAAUAAGUAUUAGAAACUUCUAAUAAUAAAAUAAAAAAUACCAUCAAAAUUGAAUAGCCUAAAAUAGAAAAUUUUUUUAGUAACAUAAAUAAAAAUGAAACAGAUGACUUUUUUGACUAAUUAGAAGAAAUGGGAAUUCAUAUUUAAAGAUAAUCUUAAGUACCAUCAUAAUAGCAUACUGUAAAAAUUUCAAGAGAAAAAAUUAAAACCACUCCAUUUUCAUUAUAAGCUUAAUUACAUUCAAGAUCUCCUAAAGAAUCUUUAUGGUUUUAUGUUGAUAAUUUUGGAAAAGUUAAUAUUAUAAAUAUAUUUAGAUCUAAGGUGGAUUUACUACAGAAAAUAUGGAUUAAUGGUUUGAACACAAAUAUUUAAAAGCUAAAUUAAAUAUAUCUUGGGAAGUGCCUGGCAAUUGGAUUACAUUAGAGUAAUAUUUAAUUAAUUUGGAUUAAAUUGAAAAAAAAUUAUUAGAUCCAAAAAGUGCUAUGGAUCCAUUAACACUAAAAACUAACAUUAAUAACAUUUAAUUAAAUAAUUUAUAGCAAUUAUAAUAAAUGAAUGCAUUUAAUGUAAAUAGCUAUUAAAAUUAAUAAAUGAAUUAAUAUUAAUAUUAAUAAAUGAGCAAUAGUUAAUUUUAAUAGUAUUAACACUAAUAAGUAAACAACUAACAAAAUAAUGCGAGUAAAAAAAAAAACUAUAAUAAUAAUGGGAAAGCCUAACAAUAUAAUAAAUAAUAUUAUCAAAAAAAUAAUUAAUAAUUAUAUUGA